AUGAAUUUGAAUCAGGGAAAUUACCCUGAUUCAAGUACUUCCUAUAAUAUAUCUAUUGAAUCAAGUGCCGAUUUUGAUAGUAUUAAGCAAAGCUGCCAAGCAAUUGAGAAUUUUAUUGAAGAACACAAAGAUAAAUUUCAAAAAUCGCAGAUAUUUAAAGCACUUAUUGCUUUACACGACUUGUUCAAGAUUGAAAUUACGAAAGGAAUUCAAUUACGACAAAUUUUAUUCGAAGAACGUAAUAUUAAUACGAAGUUACAUACAGAGCUUCGAUCUUUCUAUGAAAUAAUAGAAAAGCAGACAAAUCUAUCAGUAAAUUCGAUAUCUUCUGCCAAAAAUGCAAUUUUGAAGAAUUUUCAAGAUAACGAAGAAUAUAAAGCUUCAAAAGAGCUUGAAAUUGCAUCAUUUACUUCUAAAAUUGACAACCUGUCAUCAAAAAAUGCCGAAUUGCAGUCAGCAAUUUCAAUUUUGCAAAAACAAUAUAACGAAUCAAAAAAUAAUCAACAAAAUAUGAUUAAAUAUGAGCAAUAUCAGCAAGUACUCGACACAAAUAACUCAUUACAGACACAAAUUAAGAAUCUUCAAAAGGAAAAUUUGGAAUUUCAAAUUCAGAUUCAAAAUACUAAGAUAUCAGCAUCAACAAAUCAAGAACUUCAGCUACAGAUAUCAAAUGAACGUCAAAAGAAUCAACAGCUUAUAGAAAAAAAUAAUGAUUUGUUAAAUCAAGUUCAAAAUCUUUCUUCGAAAGCGUCAUCAUUAGAAUCAAACUUCACACCAACUAUUCAAAAGCUUCAGCUCGAUUUAAACUCUAAAAAUGAAGAGAUAUCCAGAUUAAAAAUGCAAAUUGUUGACAUACAAACUGAAAAUCGGAAAGAAAUAGAUCAAUUGGUCAAAGAGAAUAAGAUACUUGUAGCAUCAUUAAGUAAAACUAGUAAUAUAUCGUUAUUAAAUGUUUUCCAAGAUAUUUGCAAGAUAUUAAAUGUUCCUUUAACAACAAAGCCCGAAGAAUUGCCACUAAUAAUUGAACGUUUAACUCAUGAUGGAUAUACAUCAACAUAUGAGUUUUCAUCGUUUGAUGAUUCAUAUAUUAUUGGAUUACGACCUUUAAUCUUAGUUGCAUUAACUUGUAAUAGACUUUUGGCUAAUUGCAAGGAAAGAAGCUUAAGUUUGACGAGUGAAAUAGAGAAUUUAAAGAAUGAACUCAUUUCUGCAAGAAAUCAUAUUGAAGUAAGUGAAAUUUAA